CGAUAUCUUCUACAGUAAUAUGCUGAUUUGAUGUCUUAUAAUACUUCUACAAUUUAACGGAGACUGACAAACAGCUGUUUGAAUAAUUAUUAACGUUCGCCAUGAGUCGAUUUUCGGCGUAUAUUUUCUUGACUGCUCAUAUUUUAGUUUUUAUAAAAACUGAUCCACUAGAGGGUGAACAGAUUUUUCAAGCGGAUCCUCAAGACUUCCCUUUUGUUGUGUCAUUUAGACAAAAAGUUUCGGAAACACUGAUAGACACUGAACACUUCUGUACUGGAUCACUUAUUACGCAGAUACACGUUAUAACAGCUGCACACUGUUUUGAAGAAAAAAUAGAAAGUGAAAUUAAAGCGAUCAUUGUGGGGGAAUAUUGGAUAAGGCCCUAUGUCGAUCAUGGAAUUGAUUAUUGGUUAAUAUAUGACUCCUGGGCUCGAGAAAAUGGAAAAGCUAUCGAGUUGCCACUGAAUGAUAUAGCAAUCGCUAAGUUAUCAUCGCCGGCAAAUCACGAACGUAUAAUACCUGUCUCCCUCACGAAUUUGAAUAACAAACAGCUCUAUGGAACGAAGGCAAUGAUAAUUGGCUGGAAAGCUAUAAAUGAGGAUUCGCUUACAAUGGUAUUAAUGCAAGGAAAAGUGACAAUAUUAAGACCCUCCCAGUCGGAGCAUUUGAUAAAAUUGGUGGCAAAUCGAAGAAUCAUACUUACCGGAAGUUCUCUGGCUACGUUUGCUGAACCAUAUAUACUCGGAAGUCGUGGUGAUAGCGGUGGACCGCUCUUGAACAACAACUAUUUUCUUUUAGGUGUCACACGCAGUACAUGUCCCAUUUCAAGAUGGGGUAACUUCUCUGAGAAGUUUAUAAAUCAAUAUAAAAUUAAUCUUCAUUCGAAUGUUUAUUAUUAUAGAGAAUUCAUUGAAAAUGUGACGACAGUAACCUAAGAACUAUAAGAUUCCAUUCGAGGUUUUUUUAUCAAUACCGUAAAACUUUACUUUGAAAAAUGUAUUGUAGACAAUUUCGAUUGUAAUAAAAAGGUGUCUACUUGAAGACGUAUUAGAUAGAAACUUGUUGAAGUAAAGUAACAUUAACUAUUCAUGAUCAACUAAAUAUUUUACUUUCUUUUUUGUUGAUGGUACAUUUUCUCAGGGUGAGGUAAAAUACACCAUAUUAUCAGCAUAUCCGUACUUACUGCAUUUUUUUAAAUUUUGUACAAAGUAUCCAUUACUAUAGUGAUUUCAUUGAAAAUGUAACAUCAUUGUCUAAAGAACAAUAAUAACUAUGAUAACUAUUUAAGUUUGUCUUAUCAAUGCCGUAGGACUUUACUUUAAUAAACAUAUGGUAGAUAAUCUGGAUUGUAAUAAAAAGGUUAUUCUCAUAUGAUCUUCUUAAAUGUAAGCGAAACAAUCCUGUCUGAUGUAAAUAAAUACGUGCUUUA